CUUCGGAAGGUCGCAGUUUCUGUUUGCUUCUGUCUGCGACUCCAUCUCUUAGUCCCCCGAGAAUUGUACUAAGCUUUCCACAUAAUUCUUAAAAUUUGUGUUUCACCUGACGUGAGAAGCUGAUCAAUUUUUAUUCGCGGGUUUUCUAAGGUUUCUGGGUCGGUUUCGCUCAGAGAGCACUAGACAGGGGAAGGGCAAGAGAGGAGACAUGACGAAGGCUAAGAAGACUCGGAAGUUCGCUCAAGUGAAGCGUAUGCUCGCGCCGAAAGCAAUUAAACAAUACAAGGACGACGUUUUGAACCCGAAGAGGAAGGAUACUAGCUUAGAGAAGCUCCCUAGAAACGUACCGAAUACUUCCUCAGCCCUUUUCUUCAAACAUAAUACUGCACUUGGACCACCGUAUCAAGUUUUAGUGGAUACAAAUUUUAUCAACUUCUCAAUUCAGAACAAGUUGGAUCUGGAGAAGGCGAUGAUGGACUGUCUGUAUGCCAAAUGUACACCUUGUAUCACGGAUUGUGUGAUGGCCGAAUUAGAGAAAUUGGGUCAGAAGUAUCGCGUCGCUUUAAGGGUUGCUAAGGAUCCACGAUUUGAAACAUUGCCUUGCACUCACAAGGGUACAUAUGCUGAUGAUUGUAUUGUGGAGCGUGUUACUCGAAAUAAGUGCUAUAUUGUUGCUACAUGUGAUCGGGAUUUGAAACGUCGCAUUCGUAAGAUUCCUGGUGUUCCAAUAAUGUACAUCUCACAGCAUCAAUAUUCUAUAGAGAGAUUACCUGAAGCUACAAUUGGGGGAGCUCCAAGAAAGUGAUGACCGCGAAGCUCACAAACUUCCAUUUGGAGGUGUUAUUGCUGAUAAAGGAAUUAAAACCAAACCCCUAAGUUCUUUGAAGUACUUGUUAACGUUCAGCAAUGUGCUUGCUGAGCGGUUAUCAUGCAACAACCAGCUGGGUUAAAUUAGAGUCGAUUGUAUCAAGGUUGGAUUAGUCGCACUUGUGUAUGUUGGUUUAGGAGGACCUGGUUUACAACUAGUAUGGUUCUAAUUCUGAAGACAUGUUGCUAGCAGAACGUGUGUGUUUCGGUUUGUUUGAUGGCGUUGCCCAUUUAUCGGCCUUACAUUAACGUC